AUGUUGUCGGUGACUGAAUUCCUCGAGCAUUAUCAUGUGGUACGGCAGACGUUCGCGCCGCUGAGGCUGACGCGCUGGCAGCUGACGAAGCUGAUGGCGGCCCAGCUCUGGAGGGAAGCGUCUCCUCUGGCCAGGACAGUCUUUGUCACCGCCGUCGUCUCUCUCCUGCUGCUCGUCGUCUCACUUGUCCGAGGCCGGACGGCGCUCCAGAGGCUGAACCUUCCCCGCGCGGUCAAGUCGAGACGGUCCGGGCCUGGCCUCACCUACGACUUCAGGCAGGUGAUGGAGGACACGGCCAAGAAGCACCCCGACUCGCCGUUCCUGCUCACCGCCUUUGGUGUCGAAUACGUCAUCUUCCCUUCCAUCGCCUUCGAUGAGAUCAAGAGGCUCCCGGUGACGCAGGCCUCGGCUUUUGCUUUUUUCCGCGAGGUGUUCUACGCGCCAUGGACCGGCGCUGGCGUGCAGACACCAGACCUGGGCAAGACGAUCGGCUCGGAGCUGACACGGGCCAUCCCAUCCCUUGUGCAGUGGAGACAGCAGGACUGUGCCGCGGCCUGCGACAUGACGAUCGGGUCGUGCCCGGAGUGGAAGCCGAUGACGCUCUACGCAACCAUGCAGGACUUGAUCGCCUCCAUCAACGCCAGCGCCUUUGUCGGGCGGGACCUGGGCACCGAUCAGAAAUGGAUCCGCGCCGUUGACCGCAUGCCUAUGAUGAUGGCUUAUCCCACGAUAGUCCUCAGCCUCCUCCCUCCCAUCGUCCGGCCCAUCCUCAAACCGUUCCUCUUCGCGCCGCUCAAAUGGAUCCACCGGACCAUCAAGGGGAUGCUGGUCCCCGUCAUCACCGCAGACUGGAAGGAGUACGAGACCAGCACGGACAAGAAGAAGCUUCUUGGCCCACAGGAACAGGGCAAGGCUCAGAUCACAGGGUGGCUGCUGUCCCGGUACAAGGGCAAGAGCGAGCGCCGCAAGAUGGACGACCUCGUGCAGGACUACAUGAGCCUCAUACUCGAGUCGACAGCGUCCUCCUCCUUGACCCUGUACUUCCUGGUUUUAGAGCUGGCGGUCGAUCCGGGCCUAGCGGACGAGCUGCGCCAAGAGAUUGAGGAGGUGACCUCGGGCGGCCGCCUGCCGCAGACGCACCUGAACGAGCUGCGCAAGAUGGACAGUGUCAUGAGGGAGUCUGCCCGUAUGAACGGCUUCAGCAAUCACUCUGACCUGCUGCCCUCCCUGCGGCGCCCAGUCGUGCUCUACCGCAAGCUCCUCGCCCCCACAAAGUUCACCCUGGGCCCCGAGCUCCCGGCGGGCACCAAGAUCUGCUGCGACGCGCACCACAUCAACUACUCGCCCAGCCUGUGGAAGGACCCCGAGGUCUUCGACGGCCUGCGCCACUACAGGGCCCGGCAGAACCCGCAGAACGAGAACCGCUUCAAGUUCGCCACCCUGGGGUCGGACACGCCCAACUGGGGCGACGGGACGCAGGCGUGCCCCGGCCGCUGGUUCGCGGACAACUCGAUCAAGAUCGCCAUCACGCACCUGCUGCUCAACUACGACUUCAAGCUCAGGCCCGGGGAGGAGAAGCCCAAGAAGAACUUCAUGCCGAACGGGACCCUCAUGCCGGACCUGUGGGCGAAGCUGAUUCAUGCGCAGAACUCUGAGGUCGGGAUCCCUCUCAAUGCGGCUUACAUCAUUCGGAAAGACAUCAAGAAGGACCUGGGGGAGCCACUGGAGUCCGACUGGGCCUCCCUGAACGCCUCAGUGGGCGGCAGGCUCUUUGCGGCGGAGCCCUUUGCUCGCCCCUGCUUCUCAGUACUGGAAGGACAGCCAGUGACUCCCGACGCUGCCCAGUGCGCCAUCAUACAGGACAACUACUUCAACGGCUCCUAUCGCACCAACUUUUACUCGGGUUUCAUGCACUCGUACAAUGAGGAGUGUGCGUCAAAUGUAACGGACCAGUGUGUCCUCUCGGACGAAGAUGCAGUGACGGGCCUGGUCUCCGGGUCUUGCAACCGGGGUUCCGUUUCUGAGAGAUACAUCUCCGUGGCCGGCCCCGAGGAUGUCCAGGCCGCGCUGGGCUUCAGCCUGCGGACCGGCGUGAGCCUCUCCGUCAAGGCCUCGGGCCACGACUACGGCUCACGCAGCAGCCUCAAGGGCUCCCUGGCCCUCUGGACGCGGAACCUGCGAGACAUGUCCUACGAGCCCGCCUUUGUCCCCUCGGGCGCCGCGGCCGCGCCCGUCCGGGCCAUCACGGUGGGCGCGGGCGCCAACCUCGGCGAGGUCUACGCCUUCGCCGACCGCCACAACGUCACCUUCGUCGGCGGCUCGGCCGAGACCCCCGCCGCCGCGGGCGGGUGGACGCUGCUGGGCGGCCACGGCGUGCUGACGCCCCUGUACGGGCUGGGCGCCGACCGCGCGCUCGAGUUCCGGCUCGUCACGCCCGACGGCGCCCUCCGCACCGCCAACGCCGCGACGAACCCGGACCUCUUCUGGGCGCUCCGCGGGGCCGGCGCCGCGGCCUUCGGCGUGGUCCUGAGCGCCACCUUUGUCGUCGAGCCCGCCAUGCCGCUGACGCUGGCGCUGAUGCAGUUCAACGCCACGCCGGCCGCCACGGCGCCCUUCCUGCGCCUGCUCGCGGACCAGACCGCCUCGUGGGCUGUCGACGGGUGGGGCGGGCCCAUGUCGCCGGGCGCGCUGGCGCUGGUGACGCCGCUCCUGGGCGUCGACGCCGCCAGGCGCUCCAUGGAGCAGGCCGCCGCGUUUGUGACCGACCAGGGCGGCACGGUACUCAUAACCCGCCUGGGGUCCUUCUACGACCUGUACACCACGUAUUUCGAGGCCACGACCUCCCCGGGCUACGCGUCGGCGACGUUUGCCUCCAUGCGCGUCAUCCCCAAGUCGCUGCACCGGUCGGCCGCCGGCCGUGCGUCCAUCGAGGAGACCCUCGUGGCCCUGUCAGACGCAUCCCUGACGCCGUACAUCUUCCAGACGGCCCCGGCCUCGUACAGCUACAACGACAGCGACCCGGCGCAGGCGAACGCGAUGCACGCGGCGUGGCGCGACAGCUACUGGAUCGUCGGCACGCAGGUGGCGUGGCCCUGGGACGCGGACGCCGGGGGCCGCGCGGCCACCGCCGCGCUGCUGCAGGAGGCGUCGCGGAACCUGACGUCGCUCGCACCCGACGGGAGCAUGUACCCGAACCUGGCGGACCCGUGGGUCGAGGACUGGCAGCGCGAGUUCUGGGGCGAGGAGAAGUACGCGAGGCUGCUGGGAAUCAAGGACAAGUACGAUCCGCAUGGGCUGCUCGGCUGCCGCAGGUGCGUCGGCUUCGGCGACGGCACGGCGCCGACAGACCCGGCAUACCAGUGCCUUGACGCUUUCCAGGGCGCCCGCAGGUAA